GGUUUUGUGAGAAGUAGAUGCUUGAAAAUGAGAAAGGUUUUUGGUUAUAGCCUGGCCACAGCAUCUGCCCUAGUGCUGGGUAAAAGUUUGGUUGACAACGAUUUUGAUGUUGGUUCUCUCGCUGUUGUACGUCUUGGACGUGCUGGUUUAACUGUAUUUGAUGUAGUGAAGAUGUAUAAGAGAGAUUUCUACCAUGAGGUGAAAAGACUGAACAUUGAAAAAUCUUCGGAAGAAUACAGUACUCUUAGAUCUCAGGUUCAUAAGAAGUCCGCUGAAAGAAUCCUGGAAUUGUGUAGAGCGAAUAAAGGAGUGUACAUAAAAGUGGGUCAACACAUCGGUGCUCUUGAGUACCUGGUUCCGAUUGAAUACGUCGACACUAUGAAAGUUCUUCACAGCAACGCUCCUCGGUCCAGUUUAGAAGACGUUAUGCGUGUUCUACGCGAAGAGUUCAAGUGUGAGCCACAAGAUGUGUUCAGCAGGAUCGAGCCGGAGCCGCAGGGCACCGCUUCGCUCGCUCAAGUGCACAAGGCUUGGCUAAAAGAUGGCCGCGCCGUCGCUGUCAAAGUGCAGCACCCGUUUGUGCGCAAAAACUCGGCAGUCGAUCUGACAACCAUGGAGGUGAUGGCAAAGUUUCUCAUGUGGGUUUUUCCAGACUUCGAUUUCCAAUGGUUGGUGAAUGAGUCGAAGAAGAACAUUCCUUUGGAAUUGGAUUUUGUCAAAGAAGCUGGAAAUAUGGAAAAAGUUAGAGAAUUAUUCAAGCAUUUCUCAUGGUUGAAGAUUCCAGAAAUCUACCCGGAAUUGAGUACAACGCGUGUAUUGACAAUGGAAUUCACAGAAGGAGGUCAGGUUAAUGAUUUGGAGUACAUGCAAAAAAAUAAUAUCGACGUGGUGAAGGUGUCUGACAACUUGGGCCGCUUGUACUCGCAGAUGAUUUUCAAUAAUGGAUUUGUGCACAGCGAUCCUCACCCGGGGAACAUUCUCGUUCACAAGUCUCACGACGGAUCAACACAGAUAGUGCUCUUGGACCAUGGUUUGUAUGCGACACUAAGCAAUGAUGUUCGAUGGGCAUAUUCGAAACUAUGGCUUGGAAUCCUGAACUGUGAUGAAAAUGCAAUGAAAGAUAGCUGUGAGUCACUGGGAGUGGCCAGAGAGCUUUAUCCAGUUUUCUCUUGCAUGGUGAGCGGAAGGACGUGGGAGGCGAUUCUUUCCGGCUUGAGCAAGACAAAAUAUACAUUAAAAGAGAAAGAACUGUUCCAAAUUGGAAUUCCGAGCUUCCUGUCCCAAGUAUUGAACGCCUUAGCGAAUGUCAAUUGCCAGCUGCUUCUUAUACUGAAGACAAAUGAUUUACUGCGAGGGAUUGAGCAUACGCUGAAGACACAAGCCAGGAAUGUCUCUUUCCUUGUGAUGUCUCGUUGUUGCAUUCAUAGUGUCUACGGCGAGAGAUUAAAUGCAACCAAUGGACGUCUCUCGAGAUUCUGUUUGAGGUUUGAAGAAAGUUGGAUUUUGUUGAAACUCACGCUUUAUUAUACGUAUUUAAGUAUCUGUGAUUUAUUUUCAAAGAACGUAGCUUAAUUUAGAAUUCUUUUCUAGUCAUGUUAGAGGAAUUUAGGUUGAGUAAUGCUAGAGUAAUAAUUUAUUUAUCAUUGUUACAGUUUUAUGGUACAAAGCUUUUACAUCUCUAUCAACAUUAUUAAUCAUCCAAUUAUUUUUCACAACCCUAGAAUUUGGUGAGGAAAUUUAUUUUUGGAAAUUUUCAUGCUUAAGAAAAUAAUAUUGAACUAAGAAAAAAUUGAAACAUUUUCAUAGCAUAAUUAUUUGGGAGUCUUAAGUAAUUAAUGAUUCGACACUAUUGCCCUCAGUAAUAUUAAUUAUUAUGAAUGUUACCAGACAUUAAAAUCAGCGGUUCAAUGUUCCAAGAUUGAAAAUUGAUCACCAAAGAACUAUAACUAACUACUAGCUUACAUAUUCAAAAUAUGGCAGCAAGAUGUGGGGUUUGGCAAGCAAUUUUCUGACGGCCAACUUCAUUUAAUCCUAUUUAUUACAAUCGUCAACUAAUUUGUGUAUAAUUUACUUCGACUAGACUCGAAAAUUUAUCAAUUUUAAUAUCAUUAUAUUUACCAAUAAUGAUGCAAAAAAAAUUAUGAACGGAAAGUAUGUCAGAUGAGAUUGGGACAAAAAUUUAUUGAAGUUUACCAAUGAAAUCUAUAACGAUAAAGAUUGUAAAGUUACCUUAUUUAUGUUCUUCUACCAUUAAAGUUAUUGAUAGCUUUGCUAAUAAAUAUUUGAUUUUCAA